AUGGGCGCCAGAGGCAAAGUGGGCCGAUCCGUCCUCUAUGGGGCUCUGUUCGUGCGGCCCACCCAUGUCGCAUGGCCUAUUUUAGAGUCUCGGCCCAGUCAUUCCCAAGGCCGAAUUCUUGACAGCUCGGCCGAGUCCGCUGGCCCGCUGUUGAUGGGCGCCUGUCACACACCGCUGGCCCAUCAUUUCUGUGAAACCACUCCCAUGCCUUCCCUCGGUUCAUGUCAAUCUGCUAACAACUCUCCAGGACAGCCAAUAGAUCUUCCGUCCCCACCGGUCCCCACCCUUAACCUCGAACAGCCGCGGAUUACUCCGCACCUCGCAUCUCUGACCGUAUCGCUCAUGACCCAACAAGAUGGGCUUCAAGUUGUGACCUUGAAUAACAAGACUGAAGCGUACAAUGUGGAGUGCAGGAACAAGAUUGAGGACGAGAAGAGGGAGAAGUCGGAAGAAGUCAAGGCGUGUGCCAGGUCGCACUGGCAUGCUCGGAAGCGCCACAGACAGGAUCUCAGCUCAGUUUGA